AUGGCCCCGGGCCGGGCAACGCCCGUACCCGCACCCGCCAAACUCCAUCCUCCGCCACCACAUCUGCCGCCGCCGCCGCACUUCAUCUUAUUCCCGCUCAUGGCACAAGGCCACACGAUCCCGAUCAUCGACAUGGCCCGGCUGAUCUCCGACCGCGGUGCCUUCGUCACCAUAGUCACCACCCCUCACAACUCGACCCGGUUCGAGUCCGUCAUCCGUCGGGCCAACAGCUCGGCCCACCGGGCCCGGCCCGAGAUCCGGAUCGUCAGGCUCUACUUUCCUUGCCAGGAAGUCGGCCUCCCGUUGGGGUACGAGAAUCUGGACGUGCUGCCGUCACCGGACCUGUUGAAGAAGUUCUACGAAGCCCUCGAUCUCCUUCAGGGCCCGCUCGAGUCUGUGCUUCGAGAGACGGAUCCGCCGCCGAGCUGUCUCAUCUCCGACCGGUGCUUGUCGUGGACGGCUGAGAUGGCUCGGCGGCUGAACAUCACGCGGAUCGUGUUCCACGGGAUGUCUUGUUUCUCGUUGUUGAGUGCUGUGAAGAUACGGGCACAUAAGGCUCAUCUCUCGGCGGCGUCCGACGAAGAACCCUUCCUCGUCCCAGGCAUGCCGCAACCAUACUACGUGUCACGAUCCCAGCUGCCAGGCUCGUUCCUCCGGCUACCGGACCUCGACGACGUCCGGAACAAGAUGCAGGAAGCCGAGACGCAGUCGUUCGGCGUGGUGGCCAACACGUUCGAGUUCCUCGAGCACGGCUGCGCCGAAGAGUACCGAAAUUCCGUCCGCAAGCGGGUCUGGUGCGUCGGUCCGGUCUCCUUAACCAACCGGUUCAACCUGGACAAGUUCGAGCGAGGGAACAACAACCCGUCGAUCGACGAGGCCCAGUGCCUAACCUGGCUGGACCGAAUGGAGCCCAGGUCCGUGAUCUACGCCUGCCUCGGCAGCCUCUGCCGCCUGGUCCCGUCCCAACUGCUAGAAUUGGGCCUGGGCCUGGAAGCCUCGGGCAGGCCGUUCGUCUGGGCCGUGAAGACCGAUCGCCGGCCCGCCGAGCUGGACGACUGGCUCGUGGGGUCCGGAUUCGAGGACCGGGUCAAGGGGCGGGGGCUAAUCAUCAAAGGGUGGGCCCCGCAGGUUCUGAUCCUGUCCCACGUGGCGGUCGGCGGGUUUUUGACUCACUGCGGGUGGAACUCCACCGUGGAGGCGAUCUGCGCCGGGGUUCCCAUGGUGACGUGGCCGCUCUUCGCGGAGCAGUUUCUCAACGAGAAGAUGGUCGUGGAGGUGCUGCGGGUCGGCGUGCGGGUCGGGGCGGAGACGGCGGUAAGGUUCGGGGACGAGGAGAGGGUGGGCGUGGCGGUGAGGAGGGAGGCGGUAGCGGCGGCGGUGGAGGCGCUGAUGGACGGCGGCGGGGAGAGGAUGGUGGAGCGAGUUCGGGAGCUGGCGGCGAUGGCGAGGGAAGCCAUGGAUCCGGGCGGGUCUUCGCAUUCGGAUCUCUCGGAUUUGAUUGAAGCCGUCGUGAAGCGGCAAGCGGGUUCCCGCGCCAAAAAUUGA